CUUUCUCCCCACUCCCACCCCCAGGCUCACUCCUUAUAAAGCAGCCUCUAGCCUCAUCUGCCCCUCCUACACCACACCAACUCUAGGGCCCGGAAUUGGGUCUGGGGCAGUCCCUGACUUGCUUGCUUCCCUGCCUUGCUCUUGCGGUUAGCCUCAGAAGCAGGGUUGAGGGUCAGGCUUGGUCAGGCAGCGGGAGGUCCAGACAGUGAAGCGGAAUCCUUCGGAGAUACCAGUAGAGGGCGCAUCUGCCUUUUUCUAUUUCAGAUUAGAGUUUUUUUGCUUUUGUUUUUCUCUCUCUCUCUCCUUUGCGUUUCCUUCCUGCCAGUGAGCAGCGUGGAUGCGCAACCACGUGCUCUUAUUCUCACUGAUUUGGGCGGUGCCAGCGCCUCCAUUUGUAAAUCUAGUUCUUCCCGGAUUUCACGCCCUUCUUGGGUUUAGGCACGAACUUGCCCCCAGGCUUCUCCCAGGCCACCUGGGUCCCCGUCCUCAUUUCUGUUUAUUCCUCCUGCACGAGGGUCCCGGGGCUGGCAGCACCGCCUGGCCCAGGCGUCGACCUCGCGAUCGGACGCCGCGCGUGUGGGUGACCGCGUCCCUGAGGCGCUGCCCGGGUGCUCGGGAUGCACGCAGGGCGGCUCUCCCUCCUACCUUGUCAUCCUACUGUCUAAUCCGGGGACAGCUUCCCUCCUCCACACCAGCGAGGCUGCUUCCCAGAUGCAAUCCCCGCGCACCCGUGAAUCCCGGCGCCGGACACCUGGAGCACCCGGAGGUUAGCGGAGCCUGUUUUCGGUAACAAGAGCCCAAGAAGCAUCCUGCAGGCUUUCUGCUUUUUGAGUGUAUUUUAAAGCGAAAACGGGUGGAAAGCUAUGUAUGCUCAGUUAACUAUGUCUAGAUGUAAGCGUUUUUUAAAAAAAAACACAGAUGGAGGCCUCCCUCCGAGGAUGCCUGGGAUUCUCCUCUUUCUGUGGGCGGCAGCGACCCCCCUGCGGCUCUAGCCUCCACUAAGGGAUCUGCGGGGAAGACACAGGGAAGACCAACUCCGCACACUGGAUUUGAUUAAUGAUUUAUUUUGAUUAACGCCGUCACAGUGACGCCUUGGCGUAGUCCCUGUUCACCCGGGUCCCAGCCUCAACCCCGCACGGACCGCGAGGCUCUCUCCAGGCGGCACGAUGCCAAGGAAGCAGUGACCCUGAGCGAAGCCAAGCCGGGCGGCAGGUGUGUCUUUGACACCUGGUGGUGCCACUUCCUGGUCUUGGAUGAGCUGUACGCCUCUGUAAACCCAGCUUCCUCACCUAUAAACAGCUGCCUGGUUCAGCGUUAAUGAAGAUUAGUCAGUGACAGGCCUGGUGUGCCGAGUCCGCACAUAGAACUUCUGCAAUGUCCCAUCAACCUCUCAGCUGCCUCACUGAAAAGGGGGACAGCCCCAGUGAAAGCACAGGAAAUGGACCCCCCCAUCUGGCCCACCCAAACCUGGACACAUUCACCCCAGAGGAGCUGCUGCAGCAGAUGAAAGAGCUCCUGACCGAGAACCACCAGCUGAAAGAAGCCAUGAAGCUAAAUAACCAAGCCAUGAAAGGGCGGUUUGAGGAGCUUUCGGCCUGGACAGAGAAACAGAAGGAAGAACGCCAGUUUUUUGAGACACAGAGCAAAGAAGCCAAAGAGCGUCUCAUGGCCUUGAGUCACGAGAAUGAGAAAUUGAAGGAAGAGCUUGGAAAACUGAAAGGGAAAUCAGAAAGGUCAUCUGAGGACCCCACUGAUGACUCCAGGCUUCCCAGGGCAGAAGCGGAGCAGGAAAAGGACCAGCUCAGGACCCAGGUGACGAGGCUACAAGCAGAGAAGGCAGACCUGUUGGGCAUUGUGUCUGAACUGCAGCUCAAACUGAACUCCAGCGGCUCCUCGGAAGACUCCUUUGUUGAAAUUAGGAUGGCUGAAGGAGAAGCAGAAGGUUCAGUAAAAGAAAUCAAGCAUAGUCCUGGGCCCACAAGAACAGUCUCCAUUGGCACGAGCAGAUCUGCAGAGGGGGCCAAGAAUUACUUGGAACAUGAGGAGUUAACUGUGAGCCAGCUCCUGCUGUGCCUAAGAGAAGGGAAUCAGAAGGUGGAGAGACUUGAAAUUGCACUCAAGGAGGCCAAAGAAAGAGUUUCAGAUUUUGAAAAGAAAGCAAGUAAUCGCUCUGAGAUUGAAACCCAGACAGAGGGGAGCACAGAGAAAGAGAACGAGGAAGAGAAAGGCCCAGAGACUGUUGGAAGCGAAGUGGAAGCAUUGAACCUUCAGGUGACAUCUCUGUUUAAGGAGCUUCAAGAGGCUCAUACAAAACUCAGUGAAGCCGAGCUAAUGAAGAAGAGACUUCAAGAAAAGUGUCAGGCCCUUGAAAGGAAAAAUUCUGCAACUCCAUCAGAGUUGAAUGAAAAGCAAGAGCUUGUUUAUACUAACAAAAAGUUAGAGCUACAAGUGGAAAGCAUGCUCUCGGAAAUCAAAAUGGAACAGGCUAAAACGGAGGAUGAAAAGUCCAAAUUAGCCAUGUUACAGUUGACACACAACAAGCUUCUUCAGGAACAUAAUCAUGCAUUGAAAACGAUUGAGGAGCUAACAAGAAAAGAGUCAGAAAAAGUGGACAGGGCAGUGCUAAAGGAACUGAGUGAAAAACUGGAACUGGCAGAGAAGGCUCUGGCUUCCAAACAGCUGCAAAUGGAUGAGAUGAAGCAAACUAUUGCCAAGCAGGAGGAGGACCUGGAAACCAUGACCGUCCUCAGGGCUCAGAUGGAAGUUUACUGUUCUGAUUUUCAUGCUGAAAGAGCAGCAAGAGAGAAAAUUCAUGAGGAAAAGGAGCAACUGGCAUUGCAGCUGGCAGUUUUGCUGAAAGAGAAUGAUGCUUUCGAAGAUGGAGGCAGGCAGUCCUUGAUGGAGAUGCAGAGUCGUCAUGGGGCGAGAACAAGUGACCCCGACCAGCAGGCUUACCUUGUUCAAAGAGGAACUGAGGACAGGGACUGGCAGCAACAGCGGAAUAUUCCGAUUCAUUCCUGCCCCAAGUGUGGAGAGGUUCUGCCUGACAUCGACACGCUACAGAUUCACGUGAUGGACUGCAUCAUUUAGGUGUUGAUGUGUCACCUCCCCAAAACUGUUGGUAAAUGUCAGAUUUUUUCCUCCAAGAGUUGUCCUUCUGUGUUAUUUGUUUUUCACUCAAAUAUUUUACCUCAUUAUUAUUGUUUUAAAAGAAAGAAAACAGUCCGGGUGCGCUGGCUCAUGCCUGUAAUCCCAGCACUUUGGGAGACCGAGGUGGGUGGAUCACUUGGGGUCAGGAGUUUGAGACCAGCCUGGCCAACAUGGUGAAACUCUGUCUCUACCAAAAUUACAAAAAUUAGCCGAGCAUGGUGGUGGACGCCUGUAGUCCCAGCUACUUGGGAGGUUGAGGCAGGAGAAUCGCUUGAACCUGGGAAGUGGAGGUUGCAGUGAGCCCAGACGACACCACUGCACGCCAGCCUGGGUGACAGAGCGCAACUCCGCCUCAAAAAAAAAAAAAAAAAAGAAAAGAAAAGAAAAGAAAACGUACCUGUUCUACGUAGAACACCUUUGGUGGAGUUCUGUCAACUCGCAGAGUAAAAUCCUUACCUACCACUCUUCUGAUAACUUCAGUAUUUUUUAUGUUUGGUUGAUGCCAGCAGCUGCACUGCUCAUGCAGUUAGCUAGCAUGUGACAUCAUGCGACAAAGUUCAUGUAGUUAGAUGGAAGAAACCUCACUGAUUAAUUUUAAGAACCUUUUAGGGAUGCAGGAACAAUGAAGUGGCCACAGAUUUAAUCAAGAAAAAUGUUUUUGAAGCAUUUUAAAAAAUGAACUAUAUUGUUAUGUUUCUUCAUUUAAAAUGGAUCUAUUGGAGGUUAUGUGUGUAUGUUGUAGUUUUAUUUGCAGCCACAAUAAUUGUACCGAAGUUUUCACAGAGGCACUGUGAGCCUUUACUUAAUAUCACCACAAGUGAAAAAAUAUUGGCAUCGAUGAAAUAGAUAACAUUGACCUCACUGGAUCUCUUUACCCAUUCACAGUGUAAAGAAGUUACCUUCAUUCUUUCAUUGUACCCGCAGGCCUAUGGGCUUGUAGAGUAGAUAAUUAAUUUCUAAAAAGAACAGCUGCCUAUUUUCUUCCUAGGUUAGGUUAUAUCUUCAUAAUCACAAGAAUUAGUGAUUGCAAAAUAAAAUUUUGCUUAUGAAUCUUUUACAUUGUUUAUAUAUGAUUAAUAUCAUCAUGUGUAUAUUUUCUGUAUUAAACUCAUUUGGCUUCUUUAAGCUGAAUACUUAGUCAUAUAUCUUUCAUUAGUUCUAUGAAUAUGAGCAAAUCCCUUUACUAGAGCCCAUUAUGUGCUGUUUGAAUUAGAAGUCAUCCUUGCUGAGAAGGUGAAUAGGUAGGGAUUUGCCUUGUUUUGUAAGUCUACAAUUUGCCAAGAGUGAAUAACACUGGGCCAGCUGUAAAAGUAAACAGUGUAUUUAUGCAUUGAGAUACUAAAGCAUUUAAGAGAAAAUUAAAAGAUCUCUUUUGUUUAAA